GGGCUCGGGAAAGGAGUCGGAACCAGCUCAGGCUCAAGUUAAGUCUUCCUCAAGAGAGGUGACCCUGGUUUCUGUGGUGACCCGGUUUCUGCUGUAGACAGGGCCCACCCCGCAAUACAGGAGGACCUAUGGUGUGGCGGAGCCCGUUCGGGCGGCAGCGGAGGCGGAGGCGGCCCGGCUUGAGGGGCGCUCGUUGUGCCAGGGCCAUGGCCCCGCGGCUGCAGCUGGAGAAGGCGGCCUGGCGCUGGGCGGAGACGGUGCGGCCCGAGGAGGUGUCGCAGGAGCACAUCGAGACCGCCUACCGAAUCUGGCUGGAGCCCUGCAUCCGCGGCGUGUGCAGACGAAACUGCAAAGGAAAUCCAAAUUGCUUGGUUGGCAUUGGUGAGCAUAUUUGGUUAGGAGAAAUAGACGAAAAUAGUUUUCAUAACAUCGAUGAUCCCAAUUGUGAGAGAAGAAAAAAGAACUCAUUCGUGGGCCUGACGAACCUGGGAGCCACUUGUUAUGUCAACACAUUUCUUCAAGUGUGGUUUUUAAACUUGGAGCUGCGGCAGGCGUUGUACUUGUGUCCGAGCACCUGUAGUGACUACAUAAUGGGAGAUGGUGUCCAAGAAGAGAAAGAUUAUGAGCCUCAGACAAUUUGUGAGCAUUUGCAAUACUUGUUUGCUUUAUUGCAAAACAGUAAUAGACGAUACAUUGAUCCAUCUGGAUUUGUUAAAGCCUUAGGGUUGGACACUGGGCAACAGCAGGAUGCCCAAGAAUUCUCAAAGCUUUUUAUGUCCUUAUUGGAAGAUACUUUGUCUAAACAAAAGAAUCCAGAUGUGCGGAACAUCGUGCAGCAGCAGUUCUGUGGGGAAUAUGCUUAUGUAACUGUCUGCAAUCAGUGUGGCAGAGAGUCUAAGCUUUUAUCAAAGUUCUAUGAACUGGAAUUAAAUAUCCAAGGCCACAAACAGUUAACAGAUUGUAUCUCAGAAUUUUUAAAGGAAGAAAAAUUAGAAGGAGACAACCGAUACUUUUGUGAAAAUUGUCAAAGCAAACAGAAUGCCACGAGGAAGAUCCGGCUUCUUAGCCUUCCCUGCACUUUGAACUUGCAGCUGAUGCGCUUUGUCUUUGACAGGCAAACUGGGCAUAAAAAAAAGCUGAAUACCUACAUUGGCUUCUCAGAAAUUUUGGAUAUGGAGCCUUAUGUGGAACAUAAAGGUGGGUCUUACGCCUAUGAACUCAGUGCAGUCCUCAUACACAGAGGAGUGAGUGCUUAUUCCGGCCACUACAUCGCCCAUGUGAAAGAUCCACAGUCUGGGGAAUGGUAUAAAUUUAAUGAUGAAGAUAUUGAAAAGAUGGAGGGGAAGAAAUUACAACUAGGGAUUGAGGAAGAUCUAGCAGAACCUUCUAAGUCCCAGACCCGAAAACCAAAGUGUGGCAAAGGAACGCAUUGCUCUCGAAAUGCAUACAUGUUGGUUUAUCGACUGCAGACACAAGAAAAGCCCAACACGAUGGUUGAAGUUCCAGCCUUUCUUCAAGAGCUGGUAGAUCGGGAUAAUUCCAAAUUUGAGGAAUGGUGUAUUGAAAUGGCUGAGAUGCGUAAGCAAAGUGUGGAUAAAGGAAAAGCAAAACACGAAGAGGUUAAGGAGCUGUACCAAAGGUUACCUGCUGGAGCUGGUCUGUAAGAUAUUCUAGGACAGCACUGUUGUCAUUAAGUGCCUUGUGUUGUUUAUGUUCACAAAAAAUGUAUCUGAGCAGACUUUUUCCUGCCCUUUCUAUACCCCACUUAAGCAGUUUAUACGUUUGAAAUUACUAUGUAAUCCAGUAAUAACAUGAUGUGUAGCAUUCCCUACAGUUCUCAUUAACAUGUACUUUAAAAUUGGGAAGCUGUUAAUAAAUUGUAAGGUGUAGGCCAGCACUUUGCAGGCGUGACUUCUGUAGAUUUUUCCACUUGGUGAGAUACGCAUUUGUUUCUUUAAAAUUAUCUAAUUGCAUUACUCUGGAAGCAGUUUGUCUGUUUUUUUUUUUCUUUGCAUAUUUUGUGCCCUACUAGUAUUAAUAGGCAUAUUUUUUAUGAGUAUGAUUUUUAUAGUAUUUGAUUAACUUGAAAUUUAUUACCAAAUGUUACAAGGGGAGUAGAAUAGUUUUUUGUUCAUUGAUUUCUUUAGAUUAGUGCACAUCCUUUUUUUACUGUUUAUCCAAAUGUAUGCAGUGUCUCAAAAAGGAAACCAACCUUUUGAAGGCUAACAUGCCUUUGGUUAUAAGUUAUGUUUGUCAUUUCACAGACAUGAGUUCCCCAUAUCUAAUUGUAGCUGAUGGAAGACAACUCAGUUCUAGGCAGCUUGCACUUAUGGUUUUCUCUUUUUGAUCUCUUUAAUUUUUCAACUACAGUUACACCUUUAAACAAAGAUGAUUACAAAUUGCCUUAACAAUAGCUUUUUAAAAGUCUUUCUAGGGGUUAGGGUUUAGCUCAGUGGAAGAGCUCUUGCCUAGCUUGCGAAAGCCCCUGGGUUCAAUCCCCAGCACCUUAAAAAAAAAAGUUCUUAAAAAAAAAAGUUCUUUUCAAACUGCUUCUUCAUUUGAUUCUGACCCUUCUUUGUAACCUGUUACUUGAACGCUGUUCGAGGGUUGGGAUUAUCCUAAAGAAUUGGACUGAUAAUUCAACAGGAAAUUAUUUGGAAAGGAACCCAUGAUUCACACCUAAAUUUAUCCGCCUUGUUCAAAGGAGUUGGGACCUAGAAAUCUGUUUUCUGAACUUGAUUCACAGUUUCCUGAAUUCUGCACAAGAGAAAAAGACUUCCUGGAUCUAAAGUGACAUGCUGUUGUGAGGGCUGGGGGUGUAGCUCAGUGGUAGACUGCUUACCUGGCUCGCAAGAGGCCCUGAGUUCGAUUCCAGCACUAAACAAAGAAAAAAGAAAGAAAGAAAGAAAUGCUGUGAAUAUUGUGAACCACUCUAUAAAGUAUACGGUCCAAAGAUGUUAUAUGUCAAAUUAUCACUGUGCUUCCCAUGGCUGUUUUAGUUAGUGUAUAAGAACCUGUGCUUAUGUUUUUAGAGUAUUUCUCCAUGUUAUCUAUACUUUUAUCAACUACAAGGUUUAUAUAUAUAUUUUUGUCCAUUAGUAAUAAUUUGCAUUGUGGGAAGUUACGUUGUCCUUAAAAUGAUGUAAAAAUCUCAAAGUCAGUGACCAUGGUUUUAUGCUGCCAAAGUCUUCCUUAUGCAUUUUCUAAAUCUUUGUGAACAUAUUUUUUAAAGGGCCAAUUAUCCUAACAUCUGAGGAUAUGAAUCCUUUGGCUCUUGUUAUUUAAUUAUUUAGUUUGAGACAUACUUAAAUUAUUUCUAGGUAAAGUGUUUCAAAUAUUUUUGGUACUGUGACUGUUCAAAUAUCUUUGAUACUGUGAUUGUUCUAGACUUGUAUCUUUCCAAAAGAAAAUUUGUUGCAUUCAAAAAGAAUUUUUUUUUUUUUAAACUUUGGUUUAGAGGGUUUUUUUUUGGGUUUUGUUUUGUUAUAUCUCCCUUCAGUAAAUGUUUUUUACUUCUGGUUCAAGCACUGAGAUGACAUACAGUCUGGUAUCCUCACCUUGACCAUGAGAGUGGAUUCCUUCCUGGGAGUUGGCUGCAUGCCUUUGGAAGGCAAUACCUUAGCAGUUGACUGAAUGAAAAAUACUAGGGGCCACCUUUGAGGGCUUUGCUACUGAGUCUUUUUUUAGGGAGAGAAACAUUUGUAGUAUAAUAAUUUUGCCACAAGCAAAGUCUGUCUUGUGUAAAUAAGCCUUGUGCUGUACCCCUGUUCUCAAGGACACUCUUGGAGAGAUCCAUACAGUUCUUAAAAGUAAAUUGAAAAUGGAAAGA